CUCGCUCACUGCCGGGUCACGUGAUCUAUUGGGCUAGUGAAUCGGGGAGAGAAGAUGGCUUCCUGCUUGUGAGCUCGGCUGUGACGUUUUGUAGCUGAGGACCGCGACGGAGCCCGGUGUGCUCGGUUCCCUUUUGAUCCUAGACCCACCCGUUCACAAUGGCAAGCCUGCUAUCCUACGUGGAAGAGGGCAACAUAGCCGUCCUGAAAACUCUCCUGGAGAAAUACAAGGAUGUGGAUGAAAGAAACGAGAACGGGCAGACUGCCCUGAUGCUGGCAGCAGAACAGGGCAACCUGGAGAUUGUGCAGGAGCUACUUCAGAAAAGAGCCAACUGCAACCUAGAUGAUGUGGAUAACUGGACUGCGCUCAUUUCUGCUUCCAAAGAAGGGCACGUGGAGAUUGUUAAGGAGCUACUGGACUCCGAUGCCAACCUGGAGCACCGUGACAUGGGAGGAUGGACUGCCCUUAUGUGGGCUUCAUACAAAGGGUCCACCGAGGUUGCGGAGCUGCUACUCUCUAAGGGAGCAAACCCAAACAUAACCGGCCUGCAAUACAGCGUGUAUCCGAUUAUUUGGGCGGCUGGGAGAGGUCACUCUGAGAUUGUCAAGCUUUUACUGCAGUAUAGAGCCAAGGUCAACUGUUCAGACAAGUAUGGCACCACUCCUCUUAUCUGGGCUGCAAGAAAAGGCCACCUGGAAAGUGUGAAGUCCCUGCUGCAGAAGGGAGCUGACGUUGACCAAGAAGGAGCUAAUUCUAUGACUGCUCUGAUUGUGGCAGUCAAAGGCGGAUACACCGACACGGUCAAGGAGAUUCUGAAGAGGAAUCCCAAUGUCAAUCUGACGGAUAAAGAUGGCAAUACCGCCCUCGCUAUUGCAGCCAAAGAGGGUCACACUGAGAUUGUGCAGGAUUUGCUGGAUGCCGGUACCUACGUCAACAUCCCUGACCGGAAUGGAGACACUGUUCUGAUUGGAGCUGUCCGCGGUGGCCACGUUGAGAUUGUCCGCGCCUUACUGCAUAAAUACGCUGAUAUAGACAUCCGGGGGCAGGAUAACAAGACUGCUUUGUACUGGGCUGUGGAGAAGGGAAACGCCUCUAUGGUUCGGGACAUCUUGCAGUGUAACCCGGACACCGAAGUCUCUACUAAGGAUGGAGACACCCCAUUGAUUAAAGCGACCAAGAUGAGAAAUAUAGAAGUGGUGGAGCUCUUGCUUGACAAAGGAGCAAAGGUUUCUGCAGUGGACAAGAAAGGAGACACUCCGCUUCACAUCGCGAUCAGAGGCAGAAGCCGGAAACUUGCAGAACUGCUCCUGAGAAACCCGAAAGAUGGCCGAUUGCUGUACAGGCCCAACAAAUCUGGAGAGACCCCCUACAACAUAGACUGCAGCCACCAGAAGAGUAUUCUUACCCAGAUAUUUGGUGCCAGGCAUCUUUCUCCGACCGAGUCUGAUGGUGAUAUGCUGGGAUAUGACCUGUACAGUAGUGCUCUAGCUGAUAUACUCAGCGAGCCCACAAUGCAACCCCCCAUCUGCGUCGGACUGUAUGCUCAGUGGGGGAGUGGGAAGUCCUUUUUGCUCAAAAAGCUUGAAGAUGAGAUGAAGACCUUUGCUGGCCAGCAGAUUGAGCCGCUCUUCCAGCUCUCCUGGGUUAUUGUGUUCCUCAUUUUCAUGAUGUGCAGCACUGUUGGUGUGCUUCUCUCAUUCACCGUGAAUGUCAAGCUGGGGAUAUCUGUGUCACUCAGUUUGCUGGCCGUUCUCUACAUAUUCUUCACUGUGGUGUAUUUUGGUGGCCGCCAGGAAGGAGAGAAUUGGAACUGGGCCUGGGUGCUGAGUACAAGGCUGGCCCGACAUAUUGGCUACCUGGAAUUGCUAUUGAAGUUGAUGUUCGUGAAUCCUCCUGAGCUCCCAGAGCAGACCACCAAGGCACUGCCAGUAAGGUUCAUGUUUACAGACUACAAUAGAUUAUCCAGUGUUGGGGGAGAGACCUCCAUGGCAGAGAUGAUAGCCACGUUGUCUGACGCUUGUGAGAGAGAGUUUGGUUUUCUAGCAACUCGACUCUUCAGAGUGUUCAAAACUGAAGAAACACAAGGCAAAAAUAAAUGGAAGAAGACUUGUUGCUUCCCAUCAUUUGUGAUCUUUAUCUUUAUAAUGGUGUGCAUCUUUGCUGGAGUUAUUUUGCUGGCCAUCUUCAAAGUAGAUCCUAAGAACAUGACAGUGAAUGCUGUCCUCAUCUCUGUUGCCUGCGUGGUCGGCCUGGUCCUAAUCCUCAACUGUCUUACGUGGUGGCAAAUCAUGGACUCCAUACUGAACUCUCAGAGGAAGCGUCUUCACAGUGCAGCUUCCAGAUUGCACAGGCUAAAGAGUGAGGGGUUCAUGAAGGUUCUGAAGUGGGAAGUGGAACUGAUGGCAAAAAUGGCCAAGACCAUUGACAGCUUUACACAGAACCAGACAAGAUUGGUUGUGAUCAUAGAUGGCCUGGACGCCUGUGAGCAGGACAAGGUUCUCCAUAUGCUGGACACAGUGCGGAUCUUGUUUUCGAAAGGCCCUUUCAUCGCCAUCUUUGCUAGUGACCCUCACAUUAUUAUCAAGGCAAUUAACCAGAAUCUCAAUAGUGUUCUAAGAGAUUCCAACAUUAACGGACACGAUUACAUGCGCAAUAUAGUGCACCUUCCCGUCUUCCUGAACAGCCGCGGAUUAAGCAGCGCUAAAAAGAUGUGCGCGGCAGGAACUACAAAUGGCGAUGUGCCGGGGGUAGAUAAUCCAGGAGGCCAUGAAGAUACGGAUCGUCGAGUCUCUCAGCACAGUCUUGCAGAUACGGCAAAACUUGGCAGCAAAACCGCCUUGAACAGACGGGAUACAUAUAGAAGGCGGCAGCUGCAGCGUACGAUCACCCGUCAGAUGUCAUUUGACCUCACCAAACUGCUGGUGACUGAAGACUGGUUCAGUGACAUUAGUCCACAGACCAUGAGAAGACUACUAAACAUCGUGUCCGUAACAGGACGGUUACUAAGAGCCAAUCUGAUUGCUUUUAAUUGGGAUAGAUUGGCAUCUUGGAUCAACCUCACAGAGCAGUGGCCGUAUAGGACUUCAUGGCUGAUCCUGUACCUGGAGGAGACGGAGACUGUCCACGAUCAAACCAACCUGAAGACUAUUUAUGAGAGAAUUUCCAAAAAUAUUCCUACAACCAAGGAUGUGGAGCCCUUAUUGGAAAUUGAUGGCGACAUUAGGAGUUUUGAAGUGUUCCUGUCCUCCAGAACACCGGUUCUUGUGGCACGAGACGUGAAGACUUUCUUACCCUGUACAGUAAAUUUGGAUCCAAAACUCUGCGAAAUAAUUGCAGACGUGCGAGCUGCCCGAGACCAGAUGAAUAUUGGAGGCUUUCCCUAUCCUCCUUUACCAUUGCAAGAUGUUCCACCCAGGCCAGUCUCCGUGUUCAGCCAGCCGCCCUCUGUCUGCUCCUCCACAUCAUUCAACGGUCCGUUCCCCGGCGGUGUUGUGUCUCCACAACCGCCGAGCAGUUAUUAUAGCGGCAUGACAGGACCUCAGCACCCAUUCUAUAACCGGCCAUUCUUUGCACCUCAUGUUUACAUGCCAAGGUAUUACUUUGGCAACCCCCAACAUCCCAUGUCACGUCCACCUGUAAAAUACAGUUUAUCCAGAGAUCAAACCACUGGCCUUGACAUUAUUGAAGAAGAUUCAGCAGAGACGCUGCCUUCUCCCACACUCUCUCCUCUGGUUGUGGGCAGCAGUGUUGUCGGACCGCACCCUUCUGCUCUGGGAUCCAUGAACGUAGAUGCCGUGUGUGAAAAACUCAAACAGAUUGAAGGCAUUGACCAGAGCAUGCUCGCUCAGUACAUUGCAACCAUCCGGAAGGCAAACAUCAAUGGACGUGUCCUGAUCCAGUGCAGCAUGGAUGAGCUGAGGAAAGAGAUGAACAUGAACUUUGGUGACUGGCAUCUUUUUAAGAGCGCGGUUCAAGAAAUGAGAAGCUCUGAAGCUCUGCAGAUUCAUCCCGACGAAGCUCGAAUGCAGGAGCCAGUCAGAAACAUGGGUCACAGUGACAUUGGCCGGCGUCCAGUGCCAAAUCCAGACAUGCCUCACGCCAACCUUGCUGGCCAGAGCUAUGAUUUUGGCUUCAGCUUUGAAGAACUUAACACAAUUGGUUUUGAAGAGCCUCCACGGCCUAAUUCCAUGUCCUGGCAGGGAAGAGCACCAAGUUUAUCCAGUCUUAAUUCUCAAGAAUCCAGCAAUGAUAUCUCAAAGCUGACUGACAAAGUGCAGGCCGAAUAUAGAGAUGCCUACAGAGAGUACAUUGCUCAGAUGGCUCAAAUCGAAGGGGUAAUGGGUCCCUCAACUGUAAGUGGCAGAUCUUCUCCCAUGAGCUCCAGUGCAUACUACAUGGGGCAGAGUACAUCUGUCAGCUCCUUGCACUCUACCUUGGAGCAAGAGAAAGCGAAAGACGUGGAGCCAAAGCAAGAAGACGGAAGGAAGCCUUUCUUGUUAAAGAGAAAUGACGUAGUUGAUUAUACAUCCUCAACCACAUCCACCACAGAUGCUUCUCCCUUGGACCCAAUCACUGAAGAAGAUGAGAAGUCUGAUCAGUCUGGUUCCAAACUCCUUCCAAGCAAGAAGAAUGCUGAGAGAUCAAGCCUCUUCCAAACUGCAGAUAUAAAGCUUAAGGGAAGUGGAAUGCGCUAUCAGAAGCUCCCAAGUGAUGAAGAUGAGUCAGGGCCAGAGGAAUCUGAUAACACUCCUCUUCUUAAAGAUGGCAAAGACAAAAAGCCAGAUUCAUCUGCAGACAGGAGAGGAACAGAUCAUGCAGCAGAGCCCGUAAGAACAUUCAUCAAGACCAAGGAAUAUCUGUCUGAUGCUAUACUUGACAAGAAAGAUUCUUCUGACUCAGGGGUCAGGUCCAAUGAAAGUUCACCUAAUCAUUCCCUUAACAAUGAAGGCUCGGAUGACUCCCAACUGGAAAAAGCCAACCUAAUAGAACUUGAGGAUGAUCGCUUGCGAAGUAGGCGGGGAAUACCCAAUAGUCUGAGCGGCCUUCAAGACCCCUCCAUAGCACGCAUGUCAAUCUGCUCUGAAGACAAGAAAAGCCCAUCGGAGAGCAGCCUUAUAGCCAGCAGUCCAGAGGAGAACUGGCCAACUUGCCAGAAGGGCUUCAAUCUCAACCGCACUCCCAGUACAGUGACCCUCAACAAUAACACCGGGAACCAAAACUUCGAUGAAACAGAAGUUGCAAAAGAAGAGUCUCCAAUAAUUGUGGUCCCAGGGUCCAGCCCAGUACACAAUGAAAACUUGAAGCGCAUGACCCACAAGAGAGGUCAACGUACUGGGUACAGCCGGCUGGCCAAAGAUGCGUCAGAGCUGCACACAGUGACCUCCUCUGACUCUGCCAGCUUUGCAGAAGAGCGAGAGAGUAUCCUUUAAACUCAGUCUCCCAUCUAUUCCGCCUGUUCAUGUACUCAUUCCAUCCUUUUCAGCAUCCUUUUCAUCAUUCGCCCCUAAAAGCCUCCAACAGAUUGUGGUCCUUAACAUUGCUUCCUUAAAAUGACCUGGAAAAUAUUUAAGUGCAAAAACCAGCAAGUAACUUAGUAAAGAGCACAGAAUCCCAUCAUCAACGACCGUAGUCCCAACACUGCAGUUUUUUUCUCUUGUGAGACAAGAAGAUCUGUUUUUCACUUAAAAGGGACACUGUCUUCUUUUUAUUUGCUAUGUAUGUUUGUCUUGGGCAUGGGGGGAGAUCUAAAUCCACCCACCACAUCGGGAGAAUUCAUUCAGCAUGUUAGUGAUUUGCCUUCACGCAAUCCAUUUGUUUAUCAUAUUCUGAUGGUUGGUGGAUUAGGGGGAAUUGGUCACUCAUCUCUAACCAGGACUAAUAAGAGAGGACUUGUCAACAUUCAUGUCGGUGGAACUGGACAAUGACUUUGGGAUCUAAAGGUCUCUUAGUUAUUAGCAUUACUGGAGACUUGAGGGAACCACAUAAAAGCAGAGCGCUGACGUAUAGGGCAUCAUAUCUAUGUGUCAUUAUCCCACCAGGAGAACCUCAGGCUUGUGUCCCUCCCCCCAUUCAUUAUUGACAUGGUCUGAGAAAGAUGUGUUGUAUACCGGAGAACAACAGUCCAUCUAAUCAAUGUUAGAUGCCUAUAUAGAAACAACCGAGGCCGUUCUGCAAAGAAAAGUUUUUAUUUUAUUGAUAGUGUCCCUUUAAGGCAGUAAGAUUUUUUGUGCACUAUAUAUUCUAUUUUAUUGUUCCAUCGCAUGCUCAACUCAGAUUGACUAUUGUAUACACUGUCUGUAUGGCCAUGUCUACAGUCUGCAGAAUUUAGUUGCUCCAUUUAUUGUAAUUGAAUCCAGUGCCUUGUAAAGGUCUUCACACAACCACGUACCUGACAUGGGGCAAAUGGCCAUACUGGGUAGAGAGGAAAUUGGGUGACUGCGCUUUUUGGCAUCAUGCACACUACCAUAUUAUGGCUUUCUAUAGUUGUAUGGAGCAGUUAUUAGGCACCCAUAGAUGUCUGCAUGGCCCAACUGUACCUUCAUAGGCCUCUGAUUUACAGAUUUCUUUGUAUGUAUGAAUCCAACACAAAAACUACCCACAAUGUAGUAUGAUGAAUUAAAACAGUGAAUGGGUGUCCUCAUGACUGUAGCAGUGUGGCUCGCACAUCCCUAAGGCAAUAGUCUCCGACCUGUAGCUCUCCAGCUGUAGCGGGACUACAACUCUCAGCAUGCUGGGAGAUGGCUGAAGGGCCACAGGUUGAAGAUCACUAACCUA